AUGUCUCACCAAACUUCAGUAAAGAUCCAGAGGAGAGGCUUCAGCAACUCCUCUGCCAUCGUGCCUGGCUGCGGCCGCACCAGCUUCACUUCUCGCACUGUAACCAGAGGUGGAAGCUGUGGUGUAGGUGGUGCUGGUUUUGGUAGGGUCAGUGGCGGCGGCGGCUUUGGCAGCCGAAGCCUCUGCAAUCUGGGUGGAUUUAAUAGGGUCGCAGCGGCUGGUGGUGCUUCCAGCAUCGGUUACGGUUGUGGUUACGGUGGUGGCCUUGGCAGUGGAUUUGGGCUUGGUGGUGGAGCAGGUGGCAGCUAUGGGCUGGUUGGAGCUGGCUUUGGCGGUGGGAGAGGCGGUCCCGGCUUCCCUGUUUGCCCACCUGGCGGGAUCCAAGAAGUGACCAUCAAUCAGCAGCUGCUGGCACCUCUCAACUUGGAGAUUGACCCCAACAUACAGAGAGUCCGCAAAGAGGAGGGGGAGCAGAUCAAGACGCUCAACAACAAAUUUGCAUCCUUCAUCGAUAAGGUGAGAAGUCAGAUUUCAUGAAUUCCUUAUCCUGUGACCCUUGAGUUGUUUCAAACCAUUCAGUCGCUUUAUUUCUGCUAUUCUCCUUCAUUGUAGCUCAGGCCACUAUCACCAUUUAACACAGGCACUACCAGGCAUGUGCUCAGUGUCACAGAGCUGACAACUUUUUACUGGCCAUGCUUUUGAUUCUGAGAGCAGCACUUUCUGCAAAAUUGUUGCAGCCGAUCCCUUUUUGUUUGUUUGUUUUGCCAUGGACCUAAAGUGAUCAGGAAAUCUUCUAGAGAUGUGAUUGUAUUAUGCCUGAAAUUAACGUGGCUUCAAGGCAAAUUUGCAGAUUCUUUCUUGGGAGGAGCAUCUGAGCACUCAAUAAUUUCAGUAAGAUUGGUGAAAUUCCACAUAACCCCUUUACUUGGAUAACAGUUUCAAGUUGCUGUUAGGCACUUGUCCAGGGCUGGUAAAAUAAGUUGGCAAGCGGAGUCCAGAAACGUGGAGGGGUGAAGCAAUUCUACCCCAGAGGGUUUGCAUUUGAUGCAGAAAGCAGGGCUGGAGGGAGAGAUGACUCAUGGUGAAUAGCAGUGAUGGAUAGGAGAGAGUCAAAUAGCAGCCCUGAAGAUGCAUGCAAGAUGAGCCUUGAGUGGUUCACAGAGCUCAUUCAUUCAUUCAUUCAUUCAUUCAUUUGCUCACAUUCGUAAUUUGCCUCAUCCCAAAGUUUGAGUGCAGGUAAUAAUAUAUUAAGAGUGAUUGUAUUAACAGCCUGAUCCUCUGCAAGCUUGCUUUGAAAUAAAUCUCAGUGUUCAGUGGGACUCACAGGUCAAUGUGCUCAGCAAUGCACUUAAAAGCCUCAUUAAAAGUUAAAUCAAAUCAAUUAAAACACAAUGCAAAAAUAAUGUUAUUUGCAAUUUUACCCCACUUUUCCUCCAAGUAGCUCAAGGUGAAAUGCAUAGCCCAGCAAUCCUAUUUUAUCUUCACAACAGCCCUUGGAGGUAGGUCAGACAGAGAGAGAGAGAGAGAGAGAGAGAGAGAGCGCGAUUGGAUCCAUGGUCACCCAGUGAGCUUCAUGGCUGAGAAGGGAUUUGAAUUUCCAAUCUUAGUACAUAUCCUAAUGGCAACAACCAAGCUCCCUUAAAAGAUGCUCAGUCCUGAGCACAGAUGAAGUUCGAUGAGGGAUGGGAAAGGGGUUCCAUAUAACUCAAAUAACACAAAACUUAAAAGGCUUUCUUAAUGUGUAUUACGUAAAUUGAUGCAAAAUCUGAGUUAUCUCUGCGUGUGUGUGUGUGUGUGUGUGUGUGUAUAGAUAGAUGAUAGAGAUAGAUAGAUGAUUGAUAGAUAGAUAGAUAGAUGAUAGAUAGAUGAUAGACAGAUAGAUGAUAGAUAGAUAGUUAUUUCAACCCAGUCUAUAUGUGUACUUAGGGUUAGACUCCACUCAGUGUGGAAUUUCCCUAUGUGCCUUGUUAACACUUGACUCUGCGUAUUGCUAAAAAAGCCCUUAAUACAACUAGUGGUCAUAUUAACUGUGGCCUAAGAUCAGCUUUAGAAGCAUUGCCAUUAAGAGACUGGCAGGCACCAAAGACAGGGUCACUUCAGCCCUGGCUUAUGGAAUUUAUUUCUAAGGGAUGUGUGAUUGGCCUUCUCUGUGCCAGUCUUCAAAAAGGCCUUGAGGAUAAACUAAGAUAGUUUCAUUCAUGUCACUGCUGGGUUCUAGGGCAUUUAUUUUAGUUUAUAGGACUUUGUGGUUAUUUUUAUGCUAGGCUAAACAUCCUUUAAGAGUCACCUAAUUCGUACUUAACUGGCUUUUUGUUGUUACGAUUUUGGAAUUGGUUGUUUUAUCUGCCAUACAUCUGUAAGCUUCCUAGAAAUUGCAUCGUCCUGUAAGGCAACUUAAAAAACCAACAAAUGAACAACAUAAAUAAAAUGGAACAUAAGUCUUGUUACCUGAACGAUUUGCAGGAAACUAGCAUGUAACUCCUUCUGUUGUGCAUGAUCUAGGACAGGGGUCUGCAACCCGCGGCUCCGGAGCCGCACGUGGCUCUUUUACACCUUUGCCGCGGCUCCAGGGCGGAUACUAGCGAGGGGAGGAGGCGCAUUGUGCGCCCCGACACUCCCCACUGUGGCGGGCGCUGUACUGGCUGUGACGUCGCAUGGGGGCGGUGCGUGCGUUAGUCACCGUCCCGACGUCACCUGCCCACCCGCCCGCUACAUUGUAAGGGGCAUGUACGCUGGUCACUGCAUUGAAAGGGGGCAUGUACGCUGGUCACUGUUUUGAAGGGGAGUGAAGAACACACACACAAAAAAAAGGUAACUUGUUAAUUUAACAUUUAUUUCUAUGAGGAGGAGUAAUUCUGAGGGGUCAAACAAAGAAAUAAUAAAAAAGUGACAAAAAUGUUAUUUUUAUAAUGACGAGUUUUGCGGCUCCCAGUUUUUUUCCUUCGGAAACGGGUCCAAGUGGCUCUUUUUGUCUUAAAGGUUGCAGACCCCUGAUCUAGGAUGUCCUUCCAAUCAACUGCAGUAAAUACCUCCAGUAUUUAGGCUUAGAAUAAUGCUUUUCAAGUGGGACCCAAACUGUUGAAAUUAAUGGCCCAAAUUAAUGUCACCUUCCCAGCCCUUCUUUCUUCCUCAGCAGCAGAAACACACAAAUACCAACACUGAAGAAACAUAUGCCCUCCCCCCGCCAUUCUUAAUGUGAAUAUACCUAGGCAAUAAUAGAAUUUAAACAUGAGAUACAGGAAGGGAACACAAUUUAGAAGGGGAAAUGUGGGAAUCUGUUUCUUCAAGGGUCCUUCAAUGGUGUGUUGCUGGCUUGGUAAAAGCAAGCAAGGAAGGAAGGUCCUCAUUAUGAGACUAACCCAGGCAUGGGCAAACUUGGCCCUCCAGAUGUUUUGGGACUACAGUUCCCAUCAUCCCUGACCACUGGUCCUGUUAGCUAGGAAUGAUGGGAGUUGUAGUCCCAAACAACUGGAAGGCUGGAUUUGCCCAUGCCUGGACUAACCCAAUAAUAUGUCAGGACUCACCUGUAAGGAGAGACUCACACUUAGGAAAAUAGGAAGCUGCCUUGUAUUGUGUCAGGACAGUUGCCCAUCUACCUUAAUAUUGUCUGCACUGACUGGCAGGGGCUCCCUGGGGUAUUAGAUGAGGGGCAUGCCCUUUCCUACCUUAGGAUGCCAGGGAUUGAACCAGUAAACCAUCUGCAUGCAGAGCAGUUACUUGGCCACAGAGCGAUGGCCCUUGCCAGUUUGUGAAGCACUUGCUUAGCAUCCCCAUUGGAGUGUGACUUGUGUUUAGUCGUGUCCGACUCUUUGUGACCCCAUGGACCAGAGCAUGCCAGGCACUUCUGCCUUCCACUGCCUCCCGCAGUUUGGUCAAACUCAUGCUGGUAGCUUCGAGAACACUAUCCAACCAUCUCGUCCUCUGUCGUCCCCUUCUCCUUGUGCCCUCAAUCUUUCCCAACAUCAGGGUCUUUUCCAGGGAGUCUUCUCUCCUCAUGAGGUGGCCAAAGUAUUGGAGCCUCAACUUCAGGAUCUGUCCUUCCAGUGAGCACUCAGGGCUGAUUUCCUUCAGAAUGGAUAUGUUUGAUCUUCUUGCAGUCCACUUUUAGAAAUGGUUAAUGAUGCUGUAGGUCUUUCUGCUUCCAGGUGCGUUUCCUUGAACAACAGAACAAAGUGCUGGAAACAAAAUGGACAUUGCUGCAGGAGCAGGGCCAGAAAACAAUCCGAAACAACAUUGAGCCCCUUUUCGAAGCUUACAUCAACAAUCUGAGGAAACAGCUGAGCUGCCUGGAGAGUAACAAAGGAAGACUGGCUGGAGAACUGAGCAACAUGCAGAACCUAGUUGAGGACUUCAAGCACAAGUAAACCUCUCUCUCCCUCUCAGUUUGUUUUCUAUGUCUUCCUUCUCUUCUACACCUCCUCCCCUUUCUGCUAAAGCCACAAUUCACACAAGCAAACAGCUUAACAGCAACUUCAAAUGCAACACGCACCAUGUGGCAGUCUGUGCAUGCACAGCAUAACACCUGCCAUGUGGUUUGACCACAUGGUGGAUUUCAACAGGCUUGGUUUACAGGCCCUUCAGGUCGUUUCUUUGCCAGUCAUGGUGCAAAUUGGCCCUUUGUGAUCAAGAAUAACCUCUUAGAUACCAUCAGCGCCAUUCCAAACUUCUUUAAGCAUUGCAGCCAUCUCUUAAUUGUUUUUCCUCUCUGUCUGUCCUGCCCAAACAGAUAUGAAGAUGAGAUCAACAGGCGUACAACUGCAGAAAAUGAGUUUGUCACCCUCAAGAAGGUGAGUGUCUGUAGAUAGCCCAUGGGGAAAUAGUUUUGCUGUGAGGGGUAGUAAUCCUUUACUAUUGUAUCCCACAAACCCUGCAGACAACUAAGUUUAAAAUAUGUUUCUACAAAGAAAGCUGUAAUCAUUCACAGUUGCUAGGCCACAGUCCUUUGUUUUUAAGAGACACAUGUAAGUGUGUGUGUGUUCUUGUUCACAAAAUGGAUAUAUCACUCAUUAUUAGUGAUGUAACCGGCAUUAGCCAGUAGGUGCCCGCCACAGUCAUGCAUCUGUACCCCACAGAGCACACUCAUGGUAGUAAGUAAUCAAUUUAGGAGCUGGAUCACCAUCUCUUAUGCCAUAACUUUAGACUAUCUAGUUCAACAAUACAGUGGUACCUUGGGUUAAGUACUUAAUUCGUUCUGGAGGUCCGUACUUAACCUGAAACUGUUCUUAACCUGAAGCACCACUUUAGCUAAUGGGGCCUCCUGCUGCUGCCGCGCCGCCAGAGCACGAUUUCUGUUCUCAUCCUGAAGCAAAGUUCUUAACCUGAAGCACUAUUUCUGGGUUAGCGGAGUCUGUAACCUGAAGCGAAUGUAACCUGAAGCGUAUGUAACCCGAGGUACCACUGUAUAAUCUUUUUUUCAGGAUGUGGAUACCGCCUACAUGAACAAAGUAGAACUGGAAGCCAGGGCAGAUUCCUUCAACGAUGAACUCAACUUCCUCAAAGCUCUGUAUGAAGCGGUAAGGAUCACACCUAUUCACUUUAGCUGAAGUGUUCUGUGCUGUACGGUUAUUAAACGAGGACUGCCAAAGAGGCCAUCUAGCCAUCUGCCUUGCUAUUCAGCUAGAAAAAGAGCCUCGUUUCAGAACCUCCCAUGGAUAAUAAGGACAAAAUGAAGGUUUAUCCAUGGGCUUUUGUUGUCUCUCAACUAGAGCUGCCAUCCAUUUUGCCUAAAGUGUAAUUUUGAAGCAAAGUCUAAAGAUUCUGGUUGGGUGAAAAACAACUUUGAAAGAAAGCAAUUUCAAAGGAAGCAAAAGAGAGAGAAAGGGAAUACUAGCAAAGUUUAUCAGAAGGAAUGAGAUUUACCUUUACAUCCAUAACUUGCUAUUAGGCUUCAACUGCUAAGGUAAAAAAUAAAAUAAACACCUGAUGGUAUUUUUCUGGAAAAUUACAAAUUUAAAAAAUAAAUAAAUGAGAGUGAAUUUCUUCAAGGGAUCCUGAGCACCCCUCUUUCCAACAUAUUUAUAUGCUAGAGAUAAAAUUAUUACUCCUGUGAAAGGGCAAAAAAUGUUGGAAGGGACUAUAAGAUCACACCUUUAGCCCCCCCCCCCAAUGAUAUGAGGGUUUGUCCUCCCAGCCCUGCCUCAACAUUACUCACACAUUGAGGGAAGAUCUGAAGGGGGGAUGUCUGAAAACACACAGGGAGUCCCCAUGAGCCAGAACUUGGAGUGCACAGAGUUCCAGCUCACAGGAACAGCCUGUGUGCAGCUCCCGCACUUCAGAGCUGGAUCACAUUGGGAUCUAGGAGAUUCAAUGACAGGGAAGCACACUCAGCCCCACUAUUAAUCAUGCAGAACACAGAACACCUGAACCCAGAGGUGUGUUGUGCUCAUGGUGCUUCACUACUUGGCAAGAAAUGUAUGCUGAUGUUACGAUCCUUUGUGAAUUCCAUGAGAAACUAAUCUUCUUCCCAGCAUACCAUAGCCCUAGUCUGCCCUGCUAAGUUUGAAUGGGUAAUGGAAUUUCAAAGGAACAGAGAGAGCUAAGUUGAAAGUCCAGGAAUUAUAGGGUGGGGUUUGAGUGUCCUGUACAGCGCCUUCUUUUAAUUGCCUAUGAAUAAUCAUGGCUCCUAUCCCUGCAAUUCAUGUGUGUUCUAUCUUAUGUUUUAAAAACCUAUUUUCAUUUUUAAAAAGAAAAAGAAAGCAGGUAUUUUGGAAGCAGAAUGAGUUACGUGUAUGCAAGUUUGCUUGCUUGCGUAACUCCUUACAGCUGAAGGAUUCGCUUGGAGCACAGUUUGGGCUGGGAAUUUGCAGAGGAUGCAGAAUUCAGUAUUAUAUGGCUUUGAUUGAGAUGUUGCUGCCUCAACUACAGGAACUUGCACAGAUGCAGACACAAGUCUCUGACACUUCCGUGAUUCUUUCAAUGGACAACAACCGCAGCCUGGAUCUCGACAGCAUCAUUGCUGAAGUCAAAGCUCAGUAUGAAGACAUUGCAAACAAGAGCAGGGUGGAGGCUGAAUCCUGGUACCAAAGCAAGGUAAAACAUCAUAAAGGAGCUAGAGAAGGGUGGCUUUCCUGAUGGUUCGUGGCUUAGAAAAUAAGCCAAGUUGCUUCUUCCCCUUAUUUCUGAAAUGACUAGGCUUAUUUUCAAAAGCCACCGAAAAAUUGCUUCUGAACCACCCCUUCUUCCUCACUAGUCUCCCAAACUCUUCCCUUUCCUUUAAACUAGAUUUACUUGGCCAGGGAACCAACAGCAUACUCAGGUCUUAGGGAAGGAGGGAGAGCUGAUCUCUCCCUCCCUACUUCAGUGUGCUGGUAGAAUGCCAGAAGAAAGGCCACCAUGACCCAUGGAAAUGUAUUUUACCCAAUGAGUAUUGCAGUAAUAACAUAUCUAGCAUAUACUCAUGCACCGGGCUUUUUUGUGACAGUACUCACCAUUACAAGGUACCAACACCACUUCUUUGCUGCCCAUCGCAGCCAUUUUAUGCUGGUAAAGGUAAAGGACCCCUGACAGUUAAGUCCAGUUGCGAACGACUCUGGGGUUGCGGCGCUCAUCUCGCUUUACUGGGAGAGGGAGCCGACGUUUGUCCGCAGACAGUUUUUCCACGUCAUGUGGCCAGCAUGACUAAGUGAACCAGAGCAGCAUACAGAAAUGCCGUUUACCUUCCCGCUGGAGCGGUACCUAUUUAUCUACUUGCACUUUGACGUGCUUUUGAACUGCUAGGUGGGCAGGAGGAGGGACCGAGCAACGGGAGCUCACCCCGUCGCAGGGAUUCGAACUGCUGACCUUCCGAUCGGCAAGCCCUAGGCUCUGUGGUUUAGACCACAGCAUCACCCAAGAUUUUAUGCUGGUACUCAGAGCGUUUUGAUCAAUAUUUGAGUACCAGCACCUGAUUUUUUAAAAAUAAAAAAAGCACCCCAUAUGUAUAGAAAAUAAGAAUGGUUGCUCCAAAUGGAAUUAACCUAAUGUUGCUGUGUUUGCUUUCUGCCUAUAUUAGUAUGAGGAACUCCAGGCUACUGCCGGAAGACACGGUGAUGACCUUCGCAACACCAAGCAUGAGAUUUCUGAACUCACCCGACAAAUCCAGAGGCUGCGCGCUGAAAUUGACAAUGUGAAGAAGCAGGUAUGGUCUUGCUGGAAAAUACGAAAUGUGAAAAUGUGUUUAGAAUUCUUUAAAGGAGAACCUUAAAUGUGUUGGGGGUUCUUCCUCCAAGGGAUACGAGAGAGAAUUUCCAUAGGAGAACUUUGGUCCAAUACAUACCUUUUUAUCUAGGCUUUCCAUGACUCAUAAGAUUGGGUCUUUUUAACUCAAUCCCUGUAUUUAUCUGCUUUUAUAAUACAAUUUUACAUUGUGUUUUAUCUCUGUUUUUAUAAUACUGUUUUGUAAUUUUUAUGUUAUAUUUUUGCAUAUCGCUUGGAGAUUUUUAAAUAUUAAGUGGUGUAGGUAUGUGUUUAAGUAAAUAAAUAAAAUAGAGGCAGGAGAGUUGCUCAAUAGCAUCUCAUGAGCCAACAGUGUGACGCGGCAGCUAAAAAAGCCAAUGCAAUUCUGGGCUGCAUCAAUAGGAGUAUAGCAUCUAGAUCAAGGGAAGUAAUAGUGCCACUGUAUUCUGCUCUGGUCAGACCUCACCUGGAGUACUGUGUCCAGUUCUGGGCACCACAGUUCAAGAAGGACACUGACAAACUGGAACGUGUCCAGAGGAGGGCAACCAAAAUGGUCAAAGGCCUGGAAACGAUGCCUUAUGAGGAACGGCUAAGGGAGCUGGGCAUGUUUAGCCUGGAGAAGAGGAGGUUAAGGGGUGAUAUGAUAGCCAUGUUCAAAUAUAUAAAAGGAUGUCACAUAGAGGAGGGAGAAAGGUUGUUUUCUGCUGCUCCAGAGAAGCGGACACGGAGCAAUGGAUCCAAACUACAAGAAAGAAGAUUCCACCUAAACAUUAGGAAGAACUUCCUGACAGUAAGAGCUGUUUGACAGUGGAAUUUGCUGCCAAGGAGUGUGGUGGAGUCUCCUUCUUUGGAGGUCUUUAAGCAGAGGCUUGACAACCAUAUGUCAGGAGUGCUCUGAUGGUGUUUCCUGCUUGGCAGGGGGUUGGACUCGAUGGCCCUUGUGGUCUCUUCCAACUCUAUGAUUCUAUGAUUCUAUGAUUCAUAGUCAUGCAAAGUGGCUGAUUAUUUAUUAAGUGCAGUCGGUAUCAAUGGUGGUUUAUGGAAUAACAUAAGGAAGCAAUAGGUCUUUCUUGCUCCAAGGAGCUUGCGUGCCAAGGCCACAUGCCCUGGAGUUCCCCAUUGAGUACUAAACACAGCACAAGUAUUUAGGAUUAUGGGCUAAAACAGGUCACAACUUUAUUGGUUACAGAUGUGAGCAGUUUGGCUUAGGCAUUGGGUGAUACCAGGCUAUAUAUUGACUCCCGCCCAACUGCAGGGAGUCAAACAAAGGGUAAACCACCAGAAGGGGGAGCCCUAUGACUUACAUCAAAUAGGUGCACCCCAAGGGGUUCUCCCUGGGGUCAUGGCAUGGUCCUAGCUCACACCUGGGCUUUGGACAGGAUCCACACACCCGGAUCCCUUUAAUAGGAUACCCUUAUCAAGGAGGGACAGGCGGAGGCUCCAAGCUCCCCUCCCUUAAACAAAGGCUUACCCAAUGCCUAACCGCCACUCGAGCCCAAAUGGCUCGCCACCAACACCCUCACACCUGCAACCAACAUCUCAGAAUAAGGUCAUGCAAAAUGGCUGAUUAUUUAUAUACUGCAGUCGGUAUCAAUGGUGGUUUAUGGAGUAACAUAAGGAAACAAUAGGUCUGUCUUGCUCCAAGGAGCUUACCAUUUAAGCUAACCAGUCUUUUCUCUCCCUACCUGCAAACAGUGUGCCAAUCUUCAGGCAGCCAUUGCGGAAGCAGAAGAGCGAGGCGAGCUGGCUCUCAAGGAUGCAAGGCAAAAGCUUGCUGAGCUUGAGGAUGCUCUUCAGAGAGCCAAGCAAGACAUGGCCAGGCAGCUGAAGGACUACCAGGAACUGAUGAGUGUCAAGCUAGCCCUAGAUAUUGAGAUUGCCACCUACAGAAAGCUUCUGGAAGGAGAGGAAUGCCGGUCAGUGAGAUACAAUCUUUGCAACCUUGUACACAUCCCAUCCUUUCUCCAAUGUUGAUAAAUCUAAGAUGAGAUAUCCAAUGUGGGGCAUUCCAGAUGCUGCUGGACUCCAGCUCCCAUCAAGCCUGACCAUCUGCCAUGUAGGCAGGGACUAAUGGGAAUUGGACAACAUCGGAAGGGCACCACGCUGGCUACCUCUGCUAAUGAUCAUUGCGUACAGAAGGGAGAGGUGAUAGCUCGUCAUCUAAACCUGGGCUUCCCAAACUUGAGUCUCCAGCUGUUUUUGGAAUACAGUUCCCCUCAUCCUUGACCACUGGUCCUGCUAGCUAGGGAUUGUGGGAGUGUAGUCCAAAAACAGCUGGAGACCUGAGUUUGGGAAACCCUGAUCUAGACCAAGCAUGGGGGGCCUUAGGCCAUCCAGAUGUUGCUAAACUACAGCUCCCAUCAUUCCUUCUCAUUGGCCAUGCUCAUUGACUGAUGGGGGUGUGGUAGAAGUUCAGCAACAUCUGGAGGGCCAAGGGCUCCCUACACGUGGUCUCAGUGAAGAACUACCACCUCUGUCAGAACACAGAGCGGAUAGUUGUUCCCUAGUGCAAAUUGCAAUUCCCACUUCAGGUCUACCAUGAUAUCAUUCUGGCUGUGACGUAAUUAAAGGUUAUUAAAUAUAUCCUCCUUGAGUAAUCUUAAGUGCCUGUCUGUCUUGGAGACCAAAUGAGGGAUAACUUGUCCUCAGUCAACAAUAAAGUAUUGUCUGGUGUGCUGCUUCAGUGGUUUUCCCAUGCACAGCUACCAAAGUCACAUGGAACAGUCAGGCUUCUCAAUUUUACUGUCUGGUGGGAAUAUCAUAGAACAGUAGUUUUCAACCAGUGUGCCUUGGCACCCUGGGGUGCCUUGAAUGAUGAUCAGGGGUGUCAUGGGCAACACUGGCCUCUGUCCCUCUUUCCUCCUUUUCUUAUGUGUACAAACACAGAUAUCAGUCCGCUAUUGAUUGCACCCCAUAUGAAAUGCUUUACAAAAAGAAGCCAUAUGUAAAACAUUUCAAAAUUUUUGGUUCAGAGGUAUGGGUGCACACUUUGCAGAACAACAAAUUGAGCAAACGUGGUGAACAUGGUAUUUUUCUGGGCUAUGAAAAAGGUUCCUAUCAUGUGUUAAUCACUGACACAAAGGCGAUUAGGCUGACCAGAAGUAUGGAUUGUAAUCCAAAAUGGGACAGAGUUGGUCUUUUUCAAUGUCAUCCCAUUUCAGAUGGUGAUGGUGCAAAAGCAGUUAAGAAAGACGCAGAUUCUGUUGUUGCUGAUGAUAAUGCUGAUGCCAACAUAGAUUCUGAUGAUGACACAGAUUAUCCAAGUCCAAAAGCCUCUCUUAAACAAUCAGAUGAGUCUGACACUGAUUCAGACACAGCACCUUCAUUUACAUUAGGUCGUCAUUCUCCCAUCUCUGCCUCCAAAAGUCUUGUGCAGCUGUUUGUUGCAGCGCCCUGGCUACAAGCUCCCCAGGCGAAUGGUGCUUCUGGGACUGGCCAGGGGGUGCUGGUUGCCAGGAGCUGAGGCGGCCUCGGAGUAAGCAAGCAAGCGGGCGAGGGAGCCCAGCCAACCAGUCUGCCAGCCCUUGCUGUUGGGAAUGGAUGGACAAAUGGGAGGCUGUGCUGGCCUUGGUUGUGCUUCCUGUGUGCAAUGCCUGCCUGGGAGCUGGGUGGCUGGCAGCAAAGGGAAGCCUCUCUGCCAUGCAGGCCUGGCUGUGCCUGCUGCCGCUUCCUCCCAGUGUAAGAAAGGUGCUGGCCUCAUGUUCACUGCUAAGGCUGGGGGCAGCCUCUUCCCAGGUCCCUGUGGGGCAGCAGGAGAAGGCACUUCUCUUUGGGGCAGCAGCUCAGAGACCAGGGGUGCUGGCAGCUGCUUCUUGGGGAGAAGGGGAGAGGGGAGAGGAGGCUAAGGGAACACUCCACAAGGGAGGAUGUUAGAAACGGAUUAGGGGCUGCAUGCAAGGGGUGACAUAACUGAGCUGCUGAGGCUCUGAGUGUGUUUCUCCACAGAAUGUAGUUGCUCAAGGGAGCUGUGGACUCAAAAAGGCUGAAAAAUGGUUGUGGAAGACCAGAGGAAGUUGUGCACACUGCUUUACAUGCCACCUAAGGGGGCUUGCAGGGACGCGGGUGGCGCUGUGGGUUAAACCACAGAGCCUAGGACUUGCCGAUCAGUAGGUCAGCAGUUCAAAUCCCUGCGGCGGGGUGAGCUCCCGUUGCUCGGUCCCUGCUCCUGCCAACCUAGCAGUUCGAAAGCACAUCAAAGUGCAAGUAGAUAAAUAGGUACCGCUCUGGAGGGAAGGUAAACAGCGUUUCUGUGCGCUGCUCUGGUUCGCCAGAAGCGGCUUAGUCAUGCUGGCCACAUGACCCGGAGGCUUUACGCCAGCUCCCUCGGCCAAUAAAGUGAGAUGAGUGCCGCAACCCCAGAGUCAGCCACAACUGGACCUAAUGGUCAGGGGUCCCUUUACCUUUACCUUUAAGGGGGCUUGCAGAUUUCAUCACAAUGAACUGCCAAUUCUGCUUCUUUUCAAACUUGCUCCAGUCGUUCCGUCUGGGCUUGAAUCCUUACCACCCUCUUUUUGUUUUCUGACAGCCUGGCUAGUGAUGGAGCAGGAACAGUGAACAUCUGUAAGUAUCCUGGGGAAAUGUUUAUAGCUUUGCACGUUGGGGAAAGGAUGAAAUAAAUGAUGCCUUGUUUCAGUUCACAUUUGGAGGGCUGCACAUAAUGCUUCCACUCACCCAUCUCGCCAUACCACCUCUGUGCCCACAUUUGUACACUGUAAAGCCCUGAAUAGCUAUGCCUAUCCAGUUGCACAGUUGCUGUUCUGAUGCAACAUCUUGGGUUUUCUCUGCUGGUGCAAUGCUGCAGCUCUCAAAGCUGCUUAGCUUUAACGGGUUGUUCCCAAACGUUGCAUACAACUCAGUGUUUUUUGCCCUAUUCAUUUUGUGCAUCUGGAAGUUAGCCGUUCAUAGGGAUAGAUAAGAAACUCAAUUCAUUUAAUAUUUAAAGGUGAAGCUACCUAAUUCACACUUUAUGAACAAUUCUCAAAGCAAAACAGUCACCUUUCAAAAUCUGUACUUUUCCUACUUUUGCAAUGCAGUUCUCCAGCCAAGUAACAUGUGCAGAAAUGCAUCUUGUGUAAAUAGGCUUUGCAAAAAAUGUCAGUAUUAGGCAAACUUGCAUGCAAAAGUGGAGAAAUGCUGGUGCAUUUUCACUAGCACUUUUUUUUUUAAUGCAAACUGAUGUGGAAAUGUGGAGUAGUGAAUUAAAAAAUUGGAAGAAUGAGAAAAUGAGAGAGCCAGAACAGACAGAUUUGCCCAUUCCUACUCAUUCAUUCAACCCAGACACAGACAGACUGAUGUGCUCUUCAUGAGUCUUGAUGACGUGUCCUUUCCCUUUCAUAGCUGUUGUCUCUUCAACCAUCGGACGUAGCGGUGUGGCCGCUGUUGGCAGUGGUCUUGGCUAUGGAGGCGGAUGCAACGUUGGCUAUGGAGGCGGAAGCAGCCUCAGCAUGGGAGGAGGUAGCAGUUUUGGAGUAGGAGGAGGCUGUGUGGGCCUUGGGAGUGGACUUGGUGCUGGAGGAAGCAGCUUCAGCUCUGGGAGUGGAAGAGGCGUCGGAGGAGUGAGUCUCGGAGGCGGCGGCAGCAGCUCUAGCGUGAAAUUUAUUUCCUCUUCUAAAAAAUCCUACAGAUGCUAA